AUGGAGGACUUUCUGCUCUACAAUGGGUACCAGCUGGGCAAGACCAUUGGGGAAGGGACCUACUCAAAAGUCAAAGAAGCAGUUUCCAAAAAACACCAAAGAAAAGUGGCGAUUAAAAUUAUAGACAAGAUGGGAGGGCCAGAAGAGUUUAUCCAGAGAUUCCUGCCUCGGGAGCUCCAGAUUGUCCGCACCCUGGACCACAAGAACAUCAUCCGAGUGUACGAGACGCUGGAGUCUGCCGACGGGAAAAUCUACCUGGUGAUGGAGCUGGCUGAAGGAGGGGAUGUCUUUGACUGCGUGCUGAAUGGGGGGCCACUGCCCGAGAGCCGGGCCAAGGCCCUCUUCCGUCAGAUGGUCGAGGCCAUCCGCUACUGCCAUGGCUGUGGUGUGGCUCACCGGGACCUCAAGUGCGAGAAUGCUUUGUUGCAGGGCUUCAACCUGAAGCUGACAGACUUUGGCUUCGCCAAGGUGUUGCCCAAAUCAUGCCAGGAGCUGAGCCAGACCUUCUGCGGCAGCACAGCCUAUGCCGCCCCAGAGGUGCUUCAGGGUAUUCCCCACGAUAGCAAGAAGGGUGACGUCUGGAGCAUGGGCGUGGUCCUGUACGUCAUGCUCUGUGCCAGCCUACCUUUUGAUGACACAGACAUCCCCAAGAUGCUGUGGCAGCAGCAGAAGAGGGUGUCCUUCCCCACUCAUCUGGGCAUCUCAGCCGAAUGCCAGGACUUGCUCAGGCGGCUCCUGGAACCAGACAUGAUCCUCCGGCCUUCAAUCGAAGAAGUUAGUUGGCAUCCAUGGCUAGCAAGCACUUGA